AUGAGUGAUCCGGAAUCCGAGAUGAACAUCCACGAAGAGGAGGAAAAUUACGAAGACGAAUUUCCACAACCUAUCAGUGACGUUUCGCUGACAGAAUCCAGCACGAUCGAUUAUCGGGUAAUCUGGAUUCGAGAUAAAGCGUUAAAAUGUCUCGGACUUCACGAGCACAAUGCACUGUUCGAUGAGCUCAUAAAUGCGAAUAAUCGAUACUAUGAGGACAAGUUACUAAACUUUUUGGUCCUUGACACGUAUGGUAUCAUGGACCUGGAGAGGAAACAAGUAUUUUUUUACAAAACUUACGAAAGUCAGGUGGUUCAAGAGGAAAUCGACGUUUGGGAAGAGAGAAAGGUGGAAAAGGUGGAGGAGAAAAAGGUCCAGAAACCGAAAAAACUGAAAAAAGGGAAGUCUAAGCCAGAAAAGGGGGACAAUUUUGAGAAAGACGUGAGCAGCAUGAGCACCGGUACCGAAGGCUUGGCUUCCACGAUGACGAUCCUUUCGGACCAAAGGACGUCUACCCAGGAGUCCGUAACAACGGGAUCGAAGACCCAAGACAGCGCAGAAAGCGUUUCCGGGGAAAAAGAGGCGGCAGAAAAAUCGAAAAGUCAAUCCAAAAGCGCCGCUUCGCUGAACUCCUUCGUGCCGCCAGCGGGGGAAGAGGGCAAGUACAUCUUGAAGAAGAAAAUGGUGGAAAAGGUCCUGCGUAUCCCGGUGCUUCACAUGUUCUGUGGGAAAAUCGACGCGAAUGAUCCUGAGCUUCAGGGAGUGAAUCUCAUUUAUUUCCUGAGGACGAACGAAAAUGGCGUCCCUCCUUACGAGACCUACGAAGAGUGCAACGCAGACAUCGUCGAUUAUUUAAUAGUGGGCUCGUUGAAUGGGAAGUUCCUAUCGUCUUUUCACAAAAUGCUAACAGGGGUGUUCAAGCCAUUGGUGGAGAAACAAUUCCGGGGAUUAUCUGCGGUCCAGCAGCAAGAAGAAGACAAAAUGGACAGACAAAAGUCCAACUCGGGAAAGAGUAGCCUGACGAGCACUCAGGUGACCGCGUUCAUGAAGCCUUCCGACUACAGGAGGCAUUCCGUAAGAGCAUCUCAGAUAUCCGAAGAGUACAUGACCGCGAGCGAUGUUGCGAAAUCGAGGCAGGACAAAUCCGCGACUUCUAGAGAGCAGUUUAGCAAAAAGAGCGAAGCGAUAGACGAGGACAAGUCGACGAAAUCAGAGUCGAUGACUGACACGAAGAAGGCCAAGGAAGAGGAGGAAGAAAUGGAGCCGACGAAGAGGGAUCUAUUGGAUCUUCUUGCUAACUUGACAACGACGGUAGAAUGGACGUUGGAACACGUCGAGGGCGACACAUUAUUAACGCUGCCGAAAAUGCCGGAAUUGGCAGACCCGAAAAUGACGAACGAAAUGUUUAUCGCCAACUUCGAGAUAAUGCAGCAACUGGAAGACGUCGUCACGUCCUGGGGAAAACAUAUCCAUAAAGUUCUAGAGUCGUACUCGAACAAAGUGCCGCAGGGAAAGGGUCCGAUGGCGGAAUUCCAUUAUUGGCACGAAAAGGAGACAGGCUUGUCAUUGUUGGUGGAACAAUUAAAAACCGACCCAAUCCCCAGGAUCCUAUCCUUGCUGGACCAAGCACAGUCUCCGGUUGCCUUUGCUUUUGACAAUUUCCGAGUAGAGUUGUGGAGAUUCUACGCCGAGGCAAGAGACAACAACAAGUUCCUGCAGACGGUCGUCCGCUAUUUCAAGAUGAUCACCGAAUCGGACUCCUUCAAGACGAUCGCGGACUCGAUACCGACUCUCAUCGAGGGAAUCAGAAUGAUCUGGGUGCUCUCAAAAUACUACUGCGUAGAGGAGAAAAUGGUCCCCCUCUUCGAGAGGAUUUCCUGGCAGCUCUGCCAGAACGUCAUGAGAAAUCUCGCCGUGAACGAUCUCUUCAAGAAUCCUUUGGACGACGUCCUGCAGAUGACCGAGGAUGCUCACAGGAUGAUGAAGAACUGGAAGCUGAGCUACUUGACCACCAGGCAGAAUAUCGAAAUCUCAGGGAAGGGAACUCGCUGGGAGUUCGAUCAGCGUCGUCUCUUCAAGGAAACGGAGUACAUAGCAGGGGUGUGCAAGGAUUUAAAUAAGAUAGCGAGCGUCCUGGAGGAUUUCUACAACAUCUUCGGGGCAGAGUUGAAAUCCAUCAUCGACGACCCGGCCCAGAUCGACGCGAUCGUGAAACGCGUCGAUACUUUGGUCCUGCCGAUCCAGGACGCGGAUUUCGACGUCUUCACGGAAUUCAACAAGGAGAACUGGGAUGCAACAAUGAGCUCGUUUUACACCGAAGUGACGUAUCUGGAAAAUCAGGCCCAGUUUUUCAUCGACGAGUGCUUUCGAGUCUUGAUCCGAGCAACGGAUGCCUUGGAAAUGUUGCUGAAAUUUAAAAACAUAAAAACCAGGGAGGCGAUCCAACAAUUGCUGCUGAGGAAGUUCGACGUGAUCAUGCAGCAAUUCAGUAAAGAGAUCACGCUCGUGGAGAACAUCUUCAACAGAGGCAAGAGAAAUCCACCCCUUUUGGUGUACCACCCACCCCUAGCGGGCGCGAUUUACUGGGAAAGGCAGCUCUUCCACAGGUUGAAAGGACCGGUGCUGAUGUUCCAGCAGGUCGAGGAGCUGAAGAACAGCGACUUGAAGCUCCUGGCUUUUAGCCAGUACUUCGCGAUCGCGAAACAGAUGAAGUCGUUCGAGGACUCGAAAUUCUCCGCCUGGGUGGAGAAGGCUCAGAACACCCUGCCGAGCGCCAUGAAGAGGAACGUCCUGAAGGUGGUCUACUACGACAGGGAGAAAGUCGAGGAGGCCCAGAGGAUUCAGGAAUCCAAGGUGCAUCCCCUGACUCUUCAGAUCAAACGGGCUCGGAGCAAGGAAUUCCAAAAUCCUUUGCUGCACGACCUUUACCAGACGACGCCAUUGGGCUCCUUGCAAAAUCGAGAUAAUCUGGCCUCGAAGCAAAGCACGGCUUCUUCAACUCGUCGAACGGACACUUCCGGUUCCGGGGCGCAGAGUUCGAGGGCGAUCACCUUGGCCCCCAACUCGAUGUUCAAAUCGGAGCGGAAGUCGCUUAAAAAAAUGGGACCCGGUGGAGACUACAGAGCUUCGACAGUUUCCAGCGAUAGAUUGCAAGGGACCACCUCUGCCUUCUUCUGGAGAGACAACAUGCACGGUGUCAUCCUUGCGGAACGGCAGCUGAAGUUCGAGGUGAACUUCAACAUCGACGUCUUCGAGAUCAUCCGCGAGGUAGAAUCUGUAAAAACCAAAAUCCAUGAUAAAAAAAAAACUGGAGGAAUAAAUUAUCUCCAGGCGGAGCUGCUGGAGCAGCUCGGAUUCGAGCUGCCGAAAAUUGCGAGAGACGUGGGGAUCCAGAAAGACCGUCUUCAGGAAGACAUGGAGAACGCCGAGAAGAUAAUCAAGCAGUACAACGAGAUCGUCGACAAGCUGGACCGUGCUGACAUAUCGCUCCUGAAGAGGACCCUGCAGAACAUCGAGAUGCAUAUUCAGCCCGGACUGACCAGGUUCAACUGGUACUCGCUGGGCAUCACCGACUACGCCAAAGCCUGUGGGAAAUUAUUGAAGAGCCUCACGUCCAUCGUCGCACAAGUGAACCAGAUGAAAGGAGACCUUGAUCGUAGAAUCGAGUCAGAUAUCGAGAGCUACAACCUCAUCGCCGGUUCCGUCGACCCGGACGGUCCGGAUUUCCAGGUCCUAGGAUGCAAGGUAGUCCUCAAGGAGUUCUUCCUGGAUGUGGAGACGAAGAGGACGGAGCUGAUCUGCGCGAUGCUGAAGGCCUAUCAAUCGGCCAGCCCGAUGAUGAUCAAGCUCGAGAGUCUGGUGGAGGGGACCUCUUCGGGUCGAAGCGACGCCAUGCAGCUUUUCUACGAAAGAUACGAGCACAAGAUUUUCACGGCCUUCAUAACGUGCAUCGUGAGGAACCUUGAAGUGCUCAACAAGCUACUUCUCGGGAACAAGGCGAUGUUCUACGUGGACGUGGUCCUGGUGUCUUCCGAGGUGGUCCUUCGACCCUCCGCUGCCGAGAUCUACACGAUCAUCCUCCACGAUGUAAAGGACCUGCUGGAGAGGCUGAAGGUCUUCCCAAGAUGGAUGUACAAAGCUUGUCGCGAAUGUCAACCGCAGAAAGUUGGCCAGGUCGACGACUUCGUGACGUUCAGCUUCUUCGAGGACGUGAUGAGCGUUCAGCUGGUGAACGACCUGAUAAUAAUGGUCCAAGACACGGCGCACAGAUUGGCCUUCGAGUGUUGGAAAUACCUGCUCAGGUGGAAGAAGUACUCCAACCUGUGGCACUUCGACAAGCUGCAGACCUGCGAGAAAUUCGCCUCUACAAAUCCGACCCUAAAGCAGUACGAAGAGAAGUUGUCCUUCUACGGGGCGAUCAUCGAAGAGAUCGAGGAGAUGACUCCGUACUUCGACAUCAACAGCAUCCGGAUAAAUCUUGAGCCCCUACUCUCAGGGAUAAAGGACCACGCCAGGGAGUGGAAGCAAGUCCUGGGGAACUACCUCCUGGACAGCACUCUGGAUUCCAUGUACGACUUGAAGAGUAAGAUAGAAAAAUUCAGGGGAGAGAUAGAACUUGUCAUCAGUGGGCUGGACCGCUUUAAGAUCGUCAUGCAGACAAUCGCCGACAUAAAGAAAAUGGCCAUCCAGGCGGAGGUCCAAUAUUCCUUGUACCAGGAGACGUUCAGAACCUUGGACAUCCACGAGGUGGAAUUUUCCGAGGAGGACGAAAAGCUGGCUUACAGGAUGCAGCACGACUGGGAGUCCUUGUACCUGGGCGCUCUCUACAGAGCCACCUCCCUCGAAAGUACAAAGGACCGAUUCUGCGAGAUGACCAAGGAGCAAAUCCUCGAUUUCAUCCGAGAACUCGCAGAGUUUGCCGAGGACUUCGAGAGAAACGGCCCAGGAAGUGUCGGCAACGACCUGGACCUGGGGACGAGAAAAAUGGACGAGUACUUCGACCUGAUCCAAGACCUGGACGCGAAGCGAGUGGACCUGGUGAACGCAGAGGUCCUCUUCGACCUGGUACCAACCGACUACUCGUCCUUCCUGAAAGUGAAAAAAAAUUACGAGGGCAUGGAAGCUCUGUACAAAUUAUACAAAACCCAAAAAACCGCUCGCGACGUGUGGGCGAAGACUCUUUGGGUGAACCUGAACCCCCAACAGCUGAUCGACGGAAUGGAGCAGUUCUUGAAGGAGUUCCGGAAGCUCCCCAGGGCGUACCGGCAAUUAAACGUCGGCAAGGCUUUGGAAGCGACGAUGAAGGCUUUCAGAGACUCCGUACCCCUCUUUGUCGAGUUGAAGAACGAAGCCAUGAGAGAACGCCAUUGGCUGGAACUGAUGGACAGAACUGGGAAACGAUUUGACAUGACCCCUGACAGGUUCACCCUGGAGAACAUGUUCGCCAUGGAUUUGGCGAGGUACCGAGACAUCGCCCAAGGCAUUGUAACAAACGCGAUAAAAGAGCUGAGUAUCGAGAAGGGAGUCAAGGAAGUAGAAGAAGUCUGGAAGACGAUAGAGUUCACGGUGGCGAAACAUUUCAAAGGAACCGAAGACCGAGGCUACAUCCUGGGACCAGUGGACGAAUUAAAUCAGGUCCUGGAGGACAACAUGAUGAACUUGCAGAGCAUGUCAGCCUCCCAGUUCAUCGGUCCAUUUCUGGGCAGAGUGCAAAAAUGGGAAAAAGCCAUGCAGACCAUUUCCGAGGUCGUGGAGGCUUGGAUGGACCUGCAGAGAAAAUGGCUCUACCUCGAGGGGAUCUUCGUGGGGGGCGACAUCAGGAUGCAGCUCCCCGAAGAGGCGAAAAAAUUCGACGAGAUCGACAAGACGUUCCGCAAGGUGAUGCUGGACACUGCGAAGAGGCUGAACGUCUUGGAGUGUUGCAUGAUUGCAGGUAGAAAAGAGGAGUUCGAGUUGCUGAGUGCCGGGUUGGAGAAGUGUCAGAAAUCGCUUACGGAAUAUCUGAGCAGCAAGCGAGCGGUGUUCCCACGGUUCAACUUCCUCAGCGACGAGGAGCUGCUGGGGAUCCUGGGAAGCAGCGAGCCCUCGGCGAUCCAGGAGCACAUCGGCAAGAUGUUCGACAACCUCAACAGAUUCAGACUCGGUCCGGACAAUCAGGACCGCACCGUGGCCAGUGCUUUGAUCUCGACGGAAGGGGAGAUCAUGGAGUUUAGGGACGCCGUAAUAGCCGAGGGAAAAAUUGAGGAGUGGAUGGUCCUCGCUCUGGCGGAGAUGAAGAGGUCCAACAGGUACCUCACCAAGAAGGCCGUCCACGAUUACGGCAAGGUCAGAAGACCCAGAUCCGAGUGGAUCCUGGAUUUCCAGGGGAUGAUGAUCCUCGCGGCGAACCAGAUCUGGUGGACUGCCGAAACGGAAAACGUAUUCGACAAGAUAGCCAAAGGCGAGAAACGAGCGAUGAAAGAGUAUUUGCAAGAGCUAAACAAGCGACUGGACGAGUUGGUGACACUGAUGGGUGGCGAUACCCUGACCAACAAUGACCGGAAAAAAAUAGACACUCUGUUAACCAUCGACGUGCACAUCAGAGACAUAGUGGACUGCUUCGUCAGGGACAGCAUCAUGGACGCCAUAGAAUUCGAGUGGGAAAGUCAAUUAAGGUUCUACUGGGUGCACGAUUUGGAUAAUGUCUGGAUGCACCAGUGCACUGGUGCAUUCGAGUACGGGUACGAAUACAUGGGGUUGAACGGAAGACUCGUCGUGACGCCAUUGACCGACAGGAUCUACUUGACGAUCACUCAAGCACUUUCGAUGCAGUUGGGUGGUGCACCUGCAGGACCCGCUGGAACAGGAAAAACGGAAACCACGAAGGACCUGGCCAAAGCCCUCGGUCUGCUCUGCAUCGUGACAAAUUGCGGCGAGGGCAUGGAUUACGUUGCAAUUGGGAAGACUUUAGGUGGUCUUGCCCAAUGCGGUGCAUGGGGAUGCUUCGACGAGUUCAAUCGAAUCGACAUAUCGGUGCUCUCCGUUAUCUCGACGCAGUUGCAGACGAUUCGCUCCGCGUUGCAGAUCAAGGCUAAGAGAUUCAUGUUCGAGAAUCAGGACAUCGUCCUGGACCCAAAAGUGGGGAUCUUCAUAACGAUGAACCCAGGAUACGCAGGACGAACGGAGCUCCCGGAGUCCGUCAAGGCCCUCUUCAGACCCGUGGUCUGCAUAGUGCCUGACAAAGAGAUGAUCUGCUUGAUUAAAUUAUUCAGUGCCGGAUUCCUGACGGCGAAAGUACUUGCCAAGAAAAUGACGGUGCUGUACAAAUUGGCGGAGGAGCAGCUCAGCAAACAAACUCACUACGACUUCGGGCUCAGGGCUCUCAAAUCCGUCCUCAACAUGGCUGGGCACCUGAAGAGGACCUCCGGCGACUUGCCGGAGAACGUCGUCCUGAUGAGAGCCCUGAGGGACAUGAAUCUACCGAAAUUCAUUUUCGACGACGUGCCCCUCUUCCUGGGACUCAUCAAGGAUCUGUUUCCAGGACUGGACUGUCCCAGGGUCGGAUAUCCAGACUUCAACAAGGCCGUGGAGGAUGUUCUAAAACAGGACAGUUACAUUCCCCUCUCCGACCAGAUCGACAAAGUAGUUCAAUUGUACGAAGUGAUGAUGACGAGACACUCGACCAUGAUCGUGGGACCAACCGGAGGUGGGAAGACCGUCGUGAUCGAGACCCUCUGCAAGGCUCAGACGAACCUGGACAGACCUACGAAAUUGUACAUCAUGAAUCCGAAGGCCUGCACGGUGAUAGAACUCUACGGUGUCCUGGACCCCUUGACUCGGGACUGGACCGAUGGGCUCCUGAGCAACAUCUUCAGGGAGAUCAAUCGCCCCCUGGAAUCCGGAAAAGACGAAAGAAGGUACAUUCUUUUCGACGGCGAUGUCGACGCUCUAUGGAUCGAGAACAUGAAUUCGGUGAUGGAUGACAAUAAGCUCCUCACCCUGGCCAAUCAGGAGAGGAUCAAGAUGCAGGACCACUGCAGUCUGCUGUUUGAAGUUGGAGAUCUCCAGUACGCGUCACCAGCCACAGUCUCCAGAGCUGGAAUGGUCUACGUGGACCCGAAGAAUCUGGGGUACCAACCGUACAUGGAUCGAUGGAUCGGCAGGAGAUUGCCCCAGGAACAGGAGACCCUGAAGGCACUCUGCGAGAAAUACGUGCACGGGAUUUUAAGACUGAUCCUAGACGGGAUGCUGGGCCUGCAGCAGAUCGUCCCCUUGAAAAUGAUUAUUCCUCAGACGAACCUUAACAUGGUAACGCAAUUAUGCAACAUGAUCGACGGCCUCCUCCCUGCUCGGCAGGAAGAAGAGGCUCCACCUGCGUCGGACUUAAACGAGACAACUAGGGAAGACGAGCGACGAAAUUCGGCAGAAAAGGCAGCAAUGAGAUACGAGCUCUUGGAAGCUGUCUAUAUACAAUCUUGCUAUUGCUCUUUCGGAGCAACUCUCGUCUCGGAAGCAAGACCCACGUUCGACGAGUUCAUGAAGAAGACCUCGGGGCUGAUGUUGGUGGAGGACACUCCCGAGAAGGCUGCGACGACUCGGUACCUUCCCAUCACGUAUCGCUCUCUCUACGAUUACGUGCUGGACGUGGAGAAACGCAUAUGGAUACCCUGGAAAUCGCUGGUACCAGCCUACAUCCACGACCGGGAGAAGAACUUCAGCGAGAUUUUAGUACCGACGAUCGACACCCUGAGGACAACUUGGUUCGUCACUUUGAUGAACGACUUGAAGAGACCCGUCCUGUUGGUUGGCGAGACUGGGACUUCGAAAACCGCCGUCAUCCACGACUUUCUUCGGGGUUUGAACCCUGAAAAAUUCAAUCAGCUCCUGAUAAAUUUCUCUUCGAGGACGACCUCGAUGGACGUCCAGAGGAAUAUCGAGUCUUCCGUGGAGAAGCGAACCAAGGAGAUCUACGGGCCACCUCCUGGGAAAAAAUUAAUAAUUUUCAUAGACGACAUGAACAUGCCUCUGGUCGACACUUACGGAACCCAACAGCCCAUAGCCUUGUUAAAAUUACUCUUCGAGAGAGGCGGGUUUUACGAUCGCGGAAAAGCCCUGAAUUGGAAGCAAAUGAGGGACAUUUGUUACCUCGCAGCAAUGGGUAAGGCAGGAGGAGGAAGAAACGAGGUGGAUCCUCGAUUCGUCACCAUGUUCUCCACAUACAACGUCACCUUCCCUUCCGAAGCGACCCUGAAAUACAUCUACACCUGUAUCCUCAGUGGCCAUUUGGAGCCCUUUCCCGAAGAGGUGCAAGAAGUGGCGCCCGACCUCGUACAAAUAACUCUGGACCUCUACAAAGACAUCACCGUAGAGUUACCGCCGACCCCCUCGAAGUUCCACUACAUCUUCAACAUGCGGGAUCUCUCUAGAAUAGUCGCAGGGAUGCUGCAGAGCCAUCCGAAUUACUUCUCCAAGGCCCAACACCUGGUCAGACUCUGGAGGAACGAAUUCGUCAGGGUGAUGUGCGACAGGCUCGUCACCUCAACGGACGAGGAGAUCGUUCGGGAGCACUUGAAGGAAAAAAUCAAGGUAGUCUGGGAGGAAGAGCAAGAACUCGUGGAGUACAGCUUAAGGGACCCUCUCCUCUUCGGGGAUUACAGGAAUGCCUGUAACGAGGACGAGCCGAGGUUCUACGAGGACCUGCUGGACUACGAGGCGGUUUACAGUCUUUUCCUGGAGAUCCUCGAAGAGUAUAACGAGAGGAACGUGAAGAUCAACAUGGUGCUUUUCAACGACGCUCUGGAGCACCUGACAAGGGUCCACCGUACCCUGAGAAUGCACCGAGGCCACGUCCUGGUGGUCGGCAUCGGCGGAAGUGGGAAACAAUGCGUGAUUCGAUUGGCAGCCUUCGCAGCUGCUUGCGAGAUUUUCGAAAUCACGCCAACCAGGGGGUACAACGACCUGAGCUUUCGCGAGGACAUGAAGAAGCUCUACAACCUGGUCGGGGUGGAGGACAAGAGAAUCACCUUCCUCUUCACGGCUGCCCACAUCGUCGACGAGAGUUUCUUGGAGCUCGUUAAUAACAUGUUAAUGACAGGAGUGGUGCCGUCUCUGUUCACCGACGAAGAGAAGGACGCCGUGGUGAACUCCUGCAGGAACUCCGCCAAGGAGGCCGGAUACGGGAUCACCAAAGAGAACGUUUGGGCAUACUUCGUCAAGACGAGCAUGUCCAAUAUGCGCAUUGCCUUGUCGAUGAGCCCAUCCGGAGAUACUUUGCGAGCGCAUUGUCGAAGUUACCCAGGGAUGGUGAACAGCACCACCAUCGAUUGGAUGUUCGUCUGGCCGGAGCAAGCCCUCCUAGCUGUCGCAAACGUGGUCCUCAGAGAUAACCCCAACGUCCCCGAGACCUACAGGGAAGCGAUCGUCCAGCACGUGGUGCACGUGCACAUGUCGAUCGGCGAGUACACCGCAGAAUUCCUGACGAAGCUCCGUCGUCAGAAUUAUGUCACCCCGAAGCAUUACCUGGACUUCAUCGACAUCUACCUGCGACUCCUCGUCGAGAAGAGAGAAUACAUUGAGUCGCAGUGCGAGCGUCUCUCCGGCGGACUGAAGAAGAUAGCCGAAGCUUCGGACACCUUGGCGGAGCUGAACGAGAUCUUGGCGGUGCAGAAGGUCAAAGUAGCGGAACAGACCGGCAACUGCGAGGAAUUGUUGGCGUCGAUCGGCGAGAGCACCGACAUUGCUAUGGAAAAAAAAGAGAUCAGCAUGGAAAAGAGGAAGGAGAUCGAGGUGCAGAAUAAAAUCAUCGCCAAGGAAUCAACCGAGGCUAAGGAAGCUCUAGCCGAGGCGCAGCCUGCCCUGGAAGCUGCGAGACUAGCUCUCGGAGAUCUCGAUAAAUCCGAUAUCACGGAGAUAAGAUCCUUCGCAACGCCACCAGAACCCGUGCAGAUUGUCUCCGAAUGCGUAGCAAUUAUUCGGGGGGUGAAGGACAUCUCCUGGAAGGGUGCCAAAGGGAUGAUGAGCGACCCGAGUUUCCUGAGAUCCCUGCAGGAGAUGAACUGCGACCUGAUCACGUUAAAGCAGCAACAAAUGGUCAGGGCUCAUCUGAAGAAGUCGAAUAAACUGGAGCAGAUGAAGUCCAUCAGCAAAGCGGGGUACGGACUCUACAGAUUCGUCCUGGCCGUCCUAGAUUAUUGCGCCGUCUUCAGGGAAGUGAAACCAAAAAUCGACAAAGUGAGGGCUCUGGAGCUGGAGGCGGAGCGAGCGCGAAAAGCUCUGGAAAAAGAGGAACUUGCUCUGAGUCGCAUCGAGAAGCAAUUAGCGGAAUUGAACGCGAAAUACGAAGUCGCGAUGAGCGAGAGACAAAGGUUACAAGAGGAGACUGACAUUUUGCAAAGGCGGCUGAUCGCCGCCGACAAGCUAAUCGGGGGUUUGUCCUCUGAAAACGUUCGCUGGGAGAAGGACCUGGAGAACCUGCACGAGGAGAUGGAGAAGAUCAUCGGCAAUUGCCUCCUCUCCGCGGGAUUCCUCUCCUACAACGGCCCCUUUUCCUACGAAUUCAGGAUAGAGAUGGUUUACAACGACUGGCAGAACAGCGUCCUCAGCAAGGAGAUCCCCCUGACUCAGCCCUUCAGGAUCGAGACCCAGCUGAGCGACGACGUCGAGAUCAGCAGCUGGAAUUCCGAGGGUCUACCUCCGGACGAGUUGUCCGUCCAAAACGGGAUCCUGACGAUGCGAGCGUCCAGGUUCCCUCUGUGCAUCGACCCUCAGCAACAAGCCAUUAACUGGAUCAAGAAGAGGGAAGAGAAGAAGAACUUGAAAGUCGUCACCUUCAACGACUCCGACUUCGUCAAGCAGGUGGAAAUGGCGGUGAAAUACGGCUUCCCGGUUCUCUUCCAGGACGUCGACUACAUCGACCCGAUACUGGACAACGUGUUGAUGAAGAACAUAAGGACCGUGGCAGGAAGAACCUUCGUCGUCCUGGGUGACAAAGAGGUCGACUACGACAACAAGUUCCGGUUGUACCUCACCACAAAGCUGUCCAAUCCAACAUUCAACCCUGCUGUCUAUGCCAAGGCAGCGGUGAUAAACUACAUGGUGACGACGGCGGGCCUUGAAGACCAGUUGUUAUCGGUGGUCGUGAGGACGGAGAGACCCGACGUGGAGGAGCUGAGGGAAUCCUUGAUUACGGAGACCAGCGAGAACAAGACUCUGCUCCAGAAGCUGGAGGACAGCCUGCUGAGGGAGAUCGCCUCCAACCAGGGCAACAUGUUGGACAACAUCGAUCUGAUAGAGACCCUGGAGAACACGAAGUCGAGUGCCGAUGACGUGAUGGAGAAGCUUCGUCUAGGCGAAGCGACAGCAGCCGACAUAAACGAGCUUCGAGAUGGAUAUCGUCCAGCAGCGAAAAGGGGCGCGAUUCUGUUCUUCGUCCUGGCCGACAUGGCGGCAGUAAACGCGAUGUACCAGUAUUCCUUGAACAGCUACCUGGAGGUGUUCAUCCAUUCCCUGAGGAAAGCCCUCCCGGGGUCCACGCUCGCCCAGAGACUGAGGAACGUCAUCGACAUGCUGACGAAGAACGUCUACGACUACGGGUGCACCGGGAUCUUCGAGAAGCACAAGUUGCUCUACUCCUUUCAGAUCUGCACGCGAAUAGAGCAAAGUAAGGGCAGAGUGAACCAGGCGGAGCUGGACUUCUUCAUCAAGGGGAACGUGGCUUUGGAGAAGGCUCAGAGGACGAAUCCCACCAGGUGGCUCCCGGCUACGGGCUGGGAGGACAUCCUGAAGCUGAGCAACGACUUCCCUUCCAUAUUCGGGCAACUCGCCGAUCAACUACAGCUUCGCUCUGACGAAUGGAAGAAGUGGUUCGAUUUGGACACUCCAGAGUCGGAGGAGCUCCCUUGCAGCUACUCCGACACCUUGAAGCCCUUCGAGAAGCUGAUGCUGAUCCGAUGCUUCAGGGUGGACCGGGUCUACAGAGGGAUCAUCAAUUAUAUAAGCGAAACCAUGAACGAGGAGUACGUCACUCCCCCGAAUGUCAGCUUCGACAUGAUCUAUGAACAAAGUACCCCCACGAUGCCGGUGGUGUUCAUCCUCAGCCCUGGGUCCGAUCCCACCUCGGAACUGAUGAAACUCGCCGAAAGAUACGGCUGUGGCGGCGGAAAGUUUCGUUAUCUAUCCCUCGGCCAGGGCCAGCAGAAGUCAGCGAUAGACUUGCUGGAAACCGCGGUUGCCAGAGGCCAGUGGCUGAUGCUGCAGAAUUGUCAUCUGCUCCUCAGCUUCACCAGGGAGCUCGAAAAGCGUUUGGAACAGAUCGCAAAGCCGCACCCCGAUUUCCGCCUCUGGUUGACCACCGACCCCACUCCGAAUUUCCCCAUCGGAAUCCUGCAGCAAUCCUUAAAAGUCGUCACCGAGCCUCCGAACGGCUUGAAGCUGAACCUGAUGAAUACUUAUUUCAAAAUGCGACCUCAGACCUUGGAAUGUUGCGAGCAUGAGAUUUACAAGGACCUUAUAUACGUCCUUGCGUUUUUCCACGCAGUCGUGCAGGAGAGAAGAAAAUACGACAAAAUCGGCUGGAACAUCAGCUACGACUUCAACGAGUCCGACUAUAACGUUUGCACGACAAUCCUAGACACGUACUUAAACAAAGCCUUGAUUACGAAGGAGUCCAGAAUUCCCUGGAAAAGUCUUAAGUAUCUCGUAGGAGAGGUGAUGUAUGGAGGUCGAGUCAUCGACGACUUCGAUCGACGAGUCGUCAAGGUGUACAUGGACGAGUACUUCGGGGACUUUCUGUUCGACGCUUUUCAACCCUUCCACUUUUAUCACGACGACCACGUGGACUAUGUAAUCGCUCCGAAGGGUGACAGGGACUCUUACAUCGAAUUCGUGGAGAAACUUCCGCUGGUUAACUCGCCGGAAGUAUUUGGGCUCCAUCCGAAUGCCGAAAUCGGCUACUUCACGCAAGCGACAAAAGAAAUGUGGACAAACUUGAUCGAGCUGCAGCCCCAAACUAUUAGUACAGGCACUGGGAUAAGCAGAGAAGAGUUCAUCGACAACGUCGCCAAGGAGAUCUUGUCCAAGAUGCCUCCGGAGUAUGACAUGACAAGAGUCAAGAGGAACUUCGGGAUGACGGUGUCUCCUUCGACCAUCGUUCUUUUCCAAGAGCUGGAAAGGUUUAACAAACUGAUCAGAAGGAUCACCGUUACUCUGACCCAACUCAGAAAAGCCAUCGCUGGUGAGAUUGGGAUGGACAAUAUCCUGGACAGCGUAUCCACAGCCCUUUUCAACGGAGCACUACCCCAAGAAUGGGCUAAUUUAGCACCAGCCACGAGGAAAAAUCUUGCAGGCUGGAUGGACCAUUUUGAGAGAAGAAUAGAGCAGUACACACUUUGGGCUGGUUGCAAUGAACCCGUUGUCAUCUGGUUAUCCGGACUGCACAUUCCUGAAACAUAUUUAGCAGCUUUAGUACAAAUGGCUUGUCGAAAAAAUAACUGGCCACUGGAUCGAUCCUUAAUUUACACUGCAGUAACCUAUUUUACGAAAGCUGACGAAGUCGAAGAAAGACCGGACCAGGGCUGUUUUGUACAAGGAUUAUUCCUGGAGGGUGCCAGAUGGGAUACAAGGGAACAUUGUCUCAAGAGAUCGCAUCCAAAAAUAUUGAUAGAAGAGCUGCCUAUACUUAUGAUCGCACCUAUCGAGGCUCACAGACUGAAACUGCAGAAUACCAUAAAGACUCCUGUAUACACAACAUCGAAUCGUCGAAACGCGAUGGGUGUUGGAUUAGUAUUCGAAGCUGAUCUAGGUACAACCGAACACAUUUCUCAUUGGGUACUCCAAGGAGUUUGUCUCGUCCUCAACGUCGAUUAA